UAAAGCAUUUCUUGUUUGGCCAAAACAUCAUAGAUGGAGGAGUGUGUAGUCAUAAGAUGGAAGAUUAGAAGAGAUGCCAAAAGCAUAUAUGCAACCCCCUUUGGUGUAUUUGCAUCUGUCAUCAUUGUAAUACUGUUUAUGUGGACCAUUUGGUCUGGAUUUGAAGUUGCAGAGGAACCAAGAAUGAACCAUGAGUACUACAACAAUAGUUGGGCAGUCUUUGGUGGAGUGCUUACCAUAGUUCUUGGUUUCUUUUUCUUGGCUAUUGGGUUUCCUAUACUAGCAGACUUGUUUGUGACGUUUUCUGAACAACUUCGAAACCCGGAGGAGAGUGGCAUACAUCAAGGAGGGAAGAUGAAGACGAUAUGUAUCGUCAGCCGCAUAAUUGUGAGUUUGAUUGCAAUGUUGAUGCUAGUAUGGGCAAUUUACACUGGGUUUAGGCUUGUAACUGAACCAAUAAAAGGCACAUAUUAUCCUCUAGCAUCCCCAGUUGGCGUUGUUAGUAUUAUGUUUGGUGUCAUUUACUUUAUCAUUGGACUCUGCACAAUUGUAGAGCUAGCAGUAGAAUUGACGAAGCGAUUGCAAGGGAAAGUGAAGAACGAAAUAGUUAUUCAUCAAGUUCACAAUAUAGAUAUCAAUUGUUUUGUUUGAUA